AUGAUACAGUCAGACAAAGGAGCAGAUUCGCCGGACAAAAAGGAUGAGAAGGACAAGGCACUUUCUGCGGCAGCCAAUCCAGAGAAUGGUAUCUCCCAAAUCCUGAGGCUUGUGCUACAGGAGCUGAAUCUGUUCUACAGCCGAGAUGUGAACGGAGUGUGUCUCCUGUACGACCUCCUCCACUCCCCAUGGCUGCGGGCCCUGCUCAAGGUUUAUGACUCCCUCCAGGAAUUCAAAGAAAAGAAGCUCGUUCCUGCUGCACCCCACGCACAGGCGUUGUCCUCGGAGGUAGUGAAGAUAUUACGUGAAACCCCCAAGUGUCCUGAGAUCCAAGAGCUGAGACAGAUCCUCCAGUCUCCACACUUUAAGGCCUUGCUCAGCGCCCACGACACUGUGGCCCAGAAAGACUUUGAACCCCUCCUCCCCCCACUGCCAGACAACAUCCCUGAGAGCGAGGAGGCAAUGAGGAUUGUUUGUUUGGUGAAAAACCAACAGCCCCUGGGAGCUACCAUCAAACGCCACGAGAUGACAGGGGACAUCCUGGUGGCCAGAGUCAUCCACGGCGGGCUGGCCGAGAGGAGUGGGCUGUUGUAUGCUGGAGACAAACUGGUGGAAGUGAAUGGAGUUUCGGUUGAAGGACUGGACCCUGAGCAAGUGAUCCAUAUUUUGGCCAUGUCUCGUGGCACAAUCAUGUUCAAGGUGGUUCCAGUUUCUGACCCUCCUGUUAACAGCCAGAAGAUGAUGUACGUCCGUGCCAUGACCGAAUACUGGCCCCAGGAGGAUCCCGCCAUCCCCUGCAUAGAUGCGGGGUUGCCUUUCCAGAAGGGGGACAUCCUCCAGAUUGUGGACCAGAAUGAUGCCCUCUGGUGGCAGGCCCGGAAAAUCUCGGACCUUGGUACCUGUGCUGGCCUGAUCCCUUCUAACCACCUUCUGAAGAGGAAGCAACGGGAGUUCUGGUGGUCUCAGCCAUACCAGCCUCACAACCACCUCCAGUCCACCAUAUCGAUUUCUAUGGAAGAAGGAGAUGACAUGAAGAUUGACGAGAAAUGUGUGGAAGCAGAUGAAGAAACAUUUGAAUCUGAGGAACUUUCAGAAGACAAGGAAGAAUUUGUUGGCUAUGGUCAGAAGUUCUUUAUUGCCGGGUUCCGCCGCAGCAUGCGCCUCUGUCGCCGCAAGUCCCACCUCAGCCAGCUGCGCGCCAAGGUGUGCGGCGCCAGCGGCGGCCUCGGCGCGGCGGGUGCCCCGUACGAGGAGGUGGUGCGGUACCAGCGACGCCCUGAAGACAAGCACCGUCUCAUCGUGCUCGUGGGACCUUCUGGUGUUGGAGUAAAUGAACUGAGAAGACAACUUAUUGAACUUGAUCCUAACCGUUUCCAAAGUGCUGUGCCACAUACUACUCGUUCCAAAAAGAGUUAUGAAAUGGAUGGCCGUGAGUAUCACUAUGUGUCGAAGGAAACAUUUGAAAGCCUUAUGUACAGUCAUAGGAUGCUUGAGUAUGGUGAGUACAAAGGCCACCUGUACGGCACCAGUGUGGAUGCUGUUCAAGCAGUCCUCGAUGGAGGAAAGAUCUGUGUCAUGGACUUAGAGCCUCAGGGUAUUCAAGUGGCUCGAACCCAUGAACUGAAGCCUUAUGUCAUAUUUAUAAAGCCAUCUAGCAUGAGUUGUAUGAAGCGAUCUCGGAAAAAUGCCAAGAUCAUUACAGACUACUUUGUGGACAUGAAGUUCAAGGAUGAAGAUCUACAAGAGAUGGAGGAUUUAGCCCAAAAAAUGGAGACUCAGUUUGGUCAGUUUUUUGAUCAUGUGAUUGUGAACGACAACCUGCAUGAUGCACGUGCCCAGCUGUUGUCUGCAGUUCAGAAGGCUCAGGAAGAGCCUCAGUGGGUACCAGCAACAUGGGUUUCCUCUGAUACUGAGUCUUAAGGAGGCCUUCUGUUUAAUAGUGGAGUUUUAAGAAUGUUCAUCUG